AUGGCGCAAAACACGACCCCGAAGAGACCCAGGAUCCAGUGGGACACGACGAAACGACAAGUAUUAUGCUGCCUUUACAGAUUCUUUUCUUGGGAGAAGCAGGUCCUAUGUCGAGUAUUUUCAGAGAUCUUUCGAGAGCAUCUUCUCGAGUUGGGCAUUAAGACAGAUCUGCCUUAUCCUCUACUCCACACGCAGUGGUCUGGGAUGCGGCUGGAAUCAAACCCUGUGUGGUUCCAUGUCCAUGUUGACACCGAGUUUCGAAAUGAUGCUGAAUGGAAGACGCGGAUCAGCGAGAUAAAAGCAACUGCCAGUUUUUUGGGGGUCUAUUUGCAAGAGAAAGCGUGGGAUAACAUUGAUAAGUCAAAGUCCCAAAACUUCGACUGUGAGAACGAUAAGAGCCUGAAAGCAUAUUUUGAGUCGAUUCUGCUGUCGGAUCAAAAUCCAAUCAAUACCUCCACCCAGCAGGUUGCCCAGUCACCAGUGCAACAAAGCAGUGACAACCAGGCUGUAACACUGAAUAAACCUAUUGAAAUGGCAUUCAGACAACGAACAGAAAGUCUUGUCUCCAGCAACGGCAAACUUUGUUUCUGGUGUCACAAAGAAGGGGUUUACUCAGAAGACAAAGAGCAGUCUUCAGACGUUAUGCAGUUAGACACCAUCCCUGGCAAUGGAUAUUUGCCUGGAACACAUUCGCCAGAGAUUAUUCAAGAAUAUGAACCCCCCGCUCACGACGAACCUACCCUCUACAAGAAUGAGCAUCUUCCUGGAGCUUGUUCAGCAGAGGAUUUACCGCCUCUCUUGUUCAGGUGGUCCAAUGCUGAUUCCCAAGGAAUAAAUUGUGAGACUGGCUAUUGUGCGGGCCUCUUCGCAAAAGAUGACUCGACGAAUAUUGAUCUGGCUCAACUCACCCAGGAGCAAUAUCUUGGAUUCUUCAAAAAUCAUGUUACCAAGGCGAAAGUAUCGUCGCCUUUCAUUUCCACUUUCACACUCCCGCUCUCGCCGGUACACAGAGCUCUUCACCACCAAAAAGGAGCCAUCAUUGCCAUAAUUGAUACAUCAAAGCUUGAGACCAUGGUUGUCAAAGCUAACAUUUUGGUGCCGCUUACCCAAACUGAAACGAAAAGGUGGAAGGGAUAUGGUGAGUACCUGAUUUGGCGUGAAAUUCCUGAAGCUGCAAUCGCAUGCGUGUUCACCAUAAAAGAUUUCGAAUUGAUCGCGAAUGGAUGUACGGAAAUGAGAGAAUUUCUCCAACUGGAGCUGAUUAGAAGCCGAACAUUCAGUGGAAUGUAUCUGUAUUGUGAACUCGCUCGGAGGUUGAAGAACACUACAAAUCAUUACCUGACCCUGGAAAGACUGGCAACGUCUCUCAAAGUACCAGCUGAGUACACAGCGCUCGUCAUAAACAGGUUUGAAGUAGCCUGGAUGAGGAGAUUUGGUGACAAUCUCAAUUUUGAGCUCGCCGAGUACAAGCCAUUUGAUGAUGUGAUGGACAUUGAGGACGAUAUUGAAAUGACCAACGAAGGAAUUUGGACUCAUCAUCGAUUCUAUUACAAGGGGGAGGAACAGUCUGGCGCAUCAACAUAUGCGCCUUCACGAACUGACCUGGACCACAGCUCUGAAAGCGAAGAACAGCCACAGGAAGAGAACGGUUCCGCUUCACCAGAGGCUCUUGCCCGCCGUCGUGACACGCCUAGUCCACCUUUCUCGACCCGGGAUUCCCCCGAUGAUGAUGAUGAGCCCUGGUAUUCUCAUCGGGUAUCUGAGGAAGAAGAAAUGACGCUUGAGGAAGGAGGGCUCCAAGACGUUCAACUGUGUACGCCCUCAAGCCAUAACUCCUACCAAACACAGGGAACACAGGAGACAAUGCUCAUUUCUCCUGUUCCGUUCGAUUUUGAAAAGGAAUCUAGUUGGCCACCCUUGGACAGGUAUGCUUGA